AUGGCGCGGUUUGAAGCGGCAUCUCUGAUGAGCGCGCGCGUGCUCACAUUGUAUGGCAUGCUUUCAACAAUUGCAUUUGGAGCCAUGAUAUACAAAGCCCGGCAUGAACAGCUGGACCUUUUCAUGGCAUCUGCAUGGGUGCACAGAAGUAACGGUUGUCUACUGAUUCUAUCAAACUUUGUGGUGUAUGUGCUCGUGCUACUAUCUAAAGUUGCACAACUUAUAUUCUUAGGUCCCCUUGGGCGACAGGAAGUGCAGUCUGUACAAGAAUCUCUCACGAUGUUGCUCUUUGAUCUGCUGAUCGUCUCAUCUGUAAGACAAUUCCGUUCAGAUCUACUAUUCUUUUACUUCGGAUGUGUUUUGCUGCUAGUAGCUGUCUUGCAAAACAUGUGCAGCGUGCGCAUCGACACCCUGGGGCAAAUGACUACUUUCCCUCGCUUCUUUCACAUACGCAUGCUUGGACUGCUUGCAUUUAUUCAGUCAUUCCUGGCAAUCUUGAUUCCCAUUGCCAUUCUGCUAAUGCCGCAGGAUGCCGGUCCUAUUGGCAUUGUAUCACAAUACUUUAUAUCACUUAUGGUCAUGCAGGUCAACUUGUUCGCACAAAUUGCCCUCUACUAUUGCGAAUACGUCGCACUUACAAGCGAAGGGCCUUGUGGACGAAAAAAGCCGCUAUGUGUUCUUCAUUGGAUAUGUACGUGA